AUGAUUGAUGAGCUGCACUCUGUCUUUGCCGAGCUAUCAAGAGUAGUUUACGAAAUCUCACACCCAGAAGUGCUGCAAAUGAUUUAUCCUAUUCCUGGCUGUAAAUCUAAAGGAAAACGCUGUGUUACUAUUGACGAUGUAUUUGAGAAAGCUUACGAAGCAAACCCAGAACCAAAACCACAGUUCAAGAACAGAUACAAGCGACUGAAUGAUUUCUAUACUACUGAUGAAUGGAAUAUUCUUGAAGAGUUGAAUAACGCCGUAAAUCCAAAACUGCAUUCGGUUUUACCAGUUCUUUUCGAUGGCCAUUUCAAAGAAGUCAUUCUUCCGAUUGAAGUUAGUCACUUGGGACCAGGGUAUCAAAGAAUUGCAGAAAAGUCAAACGUCGUGUCUGAUGCUUCAUACUUGAUUGUAAAGAAUGAAGGGGGUGUUUCCGGGGGUAGUCCAGACGCAGAUAAAAAACUUUAA